AUGUCUGUCCUCCCACCCUCUUCUGACAUGAGCGGCAAGGUCCGCGAGACCCCUGCUGGCGCCAACUGCACUGGCGCUGGCUACGUGGUAGAGGGCAACGAAGAGCUCAAGUACAGCUACAGCUUUGUAGAUAAUGUCUUCGAUCAGAAGAAGGAUGACCUGGUGAGCUCACAUGCGCCUCUUGAUCAUGCGUGGCAUCCCCGCUAACAUGUUUUUGCAUCCCCCCACUCCUCAGGCCUCGUACUACCACAAGUGGGGUCGCGUUCUGGUCCUGCUCGAUGACAACCUCAACGCAUUGUACGGCGAUGCCAUCAAAGCCUACUUCAACUCGCACAAGAUCGCGCCCACUCUGCAUGUGUUCAAGGGAGGUGAGCUGCACAAGAACAUGGACACCAUGCUCAGCUUCGUCGACGCUAUGGACAAGUUUGGCUUGAUCCGCAAGGAGCCCGUGCUCGUCGUGGGCGGAGGUUUGGCUUCUGAUGUGGCCGGCUACGCCUGCGCCAGCUACAGGCGUUCCACCAACUACAUUCGCGUCGGCACCACUUUGAUCGCCCUGAUCGACGCCGCCAUCUCCAUCAAAGUCGGCAUCAACCACGGCAAGUUGAAGAACAGGCUCGGAGCUUACCACGCCCCCAUGCACACUUUCCUCGACUUUGACUUUCUCAAGACUUUGCCCGAGGGCCAAACAAGGAACGGCUUCGCAGAGAUUAUGAAGAUUUCUCACUGUGCAGAGAAGCCCACCUGGGAUCUCUUGGUCAAGUACGGACCCGAGUUGGUCAAGACCGGCUUUGGACGCAAGGCAGGCAGUGCUCCCGAACUCAAAGGCGUAGCAGACGAGGUGUGCAGACGAGCUAUCCUCAAGAUGCUUCAGCUCGAGUCUGGCAACCUGCACGAGAUUGGGCUGGAUCGGGUCAUUGCGAGCGGACAUGGUAUCAGUCCCACUCUUGAGCUCGCUCCCUUCCCUCCCCUUCGUCAUGGACACGCCAUCACUGUGGACAUGUCUUACACCAUCAUCAUGUCCCACGCUCGAGGUCUCUUGACGGAUGCGGAGCGCGACGAGUGGUUCACUCUCGCACAAGGCGUUGGCUUGACCAUCGACCACCCCAGCCUCGACAAUGAGCUCUUGCAUCGCAGCGUCGAGGCCAUCAUGAAGACUCGCGAUGGCCUUCAACGUUUCGUCCUUGCCGGGCCUUACGGCAACUGCAUGUUCGCCAAUGACAUUGUGAGUCAAAGCGCGUGCUGCCCAUGAUUCUCUUGCAGGCUGCUUAGCAUGAACAUCGCCCCCAAAUCACGCAGUCCCAGCAAGAAUUCGAGAAGGUGCUAGCGGCUCACAAGAGCUACGUCAAGCAGCGCUUCCCUCAAUAUCCUGGCGAAGGGCAAGAUGCUUAUGCUGAUGCUGGUGACCUGGGUGCUGACCCCGAGGCUCUCAAAGCGGAGAAGAUUCGCAAUGGCGAGCACCCAGCGCCAUCGGCCAAGGCAGCCACCAACGGCAUCCACCCUGCCCUCGAGUCGUCCAGGGGCCGACCCGUUGCGGCAGCAUAA